CAAUGAUGUGUUGACGUUAAAACCAUUGGCGGGAUGGAUAGAAAUAUGUGAAAAUAAAAAGAGAUUUCUUUUCGCUGAUCGGAAUAACGGAAAGGAAACAGUUUAGAAUAUUAGGCGACUAUGUGGAAAGGGAGACAUAUUCAAGCCGUAGAAAGCUGCGGACAGAUCGAUGUCAACGAUGAUCGUCCACAAUGAAAUUUCACAACGUCCAUGGCUGCAACGUGGUCAUCGACGAAGGCGGAAGUCGGGCGUCCCGCACCAGUUCUUUCUGUGACGGCAUUGCUUUCAGCAGCAAACCACUGUCCAUCAAUUCCCGCAUCUGCCUGCAUCUGGGAGCCAAUGAAGACUGGACUGGAGCGCUUCGCAUCGGGGUCACCAUGCAGGACCCCGCCACAUUUGUCAACAAGAAAUUGCCGCGCUAUGUGUGCCCUGAUUUGACGUCCAAACCCGGAUUCUGGGCGAGGCCUUUGCCUGAAGCCUGGGCGAAAAAUGGGAACAGGCUGACUUUUUAUGUGAACAGUAAGGGACAACUUCACCUGUUUGUUAACAAUGACCAUAAAGGCACCAUAAUAAAUAAUUUACCUGUGAAGGAGCAGUUAUGGAUAAUCUUGGAUUUAUAUGGGAUAAGUGUUUCUGCAAAAUUUGUCUCCAGUUCUGGAAGUGCUCCUACAGAAGUUAUUGCAAGGGGUCCUGAAGCGGUAGAAGCUUACCAACAUGCAUUGAGUAAUGGAAGUAAUCCCUAUUAUCAUACAAGAUUAGCACUAAUUGGACCACCAGACGGGAAGAAAACUGUUUUAAAGAAACUUCUUGUCAAAUCAAGUGAAACAUUUGAAACUGAAUAUGAUGGGAUUGAUACAUCUUGUGUUUGUCAGACUUCUGAAAAUUCUAAUGGUCAACCUUGGACAUUAGUGAAAGUAAAAAACAAGUCUUCAACAGAAGAUGCAAAUAAUAAUGAUGAAAAAGAUGUUGUGGAAGAUGAAAAUGUUAUAAAAAGUGAAGAUGAACCACCUCUCAUAAUAUCUGCCGAUGAAGAAUAUUUUAAAGCCAUUGCCAUCAAUAUUGUGAAAGAAAUGAUUCUACAAAGAAAAAGAAGCAAAGAGCAAGAGAGAAAGAAAACCCCUGGUUUCAGACUCCAGUCAAGCCUUUCAAAGAUGUCACGAAGCAUGUCAAAACAAGAAGAAGCAUCUAAUUCUAAAGAUAACAGCAUUUCAAAUGAAAAUGAAGAAUUGCCUGAUGACCUUCCUAGACGUGUUGUAGAAUUGGUAGACGCUAUGCUUAAAGAAUCAGAAUGUAAGCAAAUUUGGGAGAAAAAGGAAAAUGAAAAGCAAUCAUCUGAUAAUGUCACCAUAACUUUUAAUAUCUGGAAUUAUAGUGGCCAUCCAAAAUAUUUAUUUUUACAUCAGUUGUUCCUUUCGCCACAAACAAUUUAUCUUUUUGUUUUUGACUUGGCUCAGGAUUUGGACAAUCCUAUUCAAAGUACUGAAGGUUAUGGAAUGGAGUUUCCACCCAGCUACAAUCUUACAACACUUUCUUUGCUCAAUAUUUGGCUAGAAAUGAUUUAUGUUUCAUUAGCUCAUCCAAAAGAUGAAAAUAAGAAUCAGGCAGAAGAAAACAUUAUAAAUGAUUUAAUUUGCACUUUGUUCCCACCAGUUUUAAUUGUUGGUAUUCAAGAAGAUUCAACAACUUUUGAAUCAGGGGUAGAACAUCAGUUUAAUAAAAUUAAAGAAAGCAUCCAAGAUAAAGUGUAUUACCAUCUUGUGCAUCCCACUUUCUAUUAUGUUGGAAAUCCUGAGACUUUAGCUGUUGACAGUAUGAUUGUUGAGUUAAGGGGGAAAAUUCAAGAGCUUUCCUUACAACUACCUCACUUUGGAACUGAAAUUCCAUUAAAAUGGAUGCUGUUUGAGCAAGCUAUUGAUAGAUUGAUUGAAAGAGAAGUUUAUUUUGCUGAUAUAAAUAAGCUUUCUGAAGUGGCUCGCUUAGAAAAUAUUGAAUCUGAUGAAGAAUUUUACUCCAUGGUCCAUUUCUAUCAUCAUCAGGGGAAAUUAUGGCACAUGGGCUCAGAACAGCUUCAUGAAACUGAUGAUAUUAGUGGAAUGGUUAUAUUGAAGCCUCAGUGGUUUAUUAGUUAUGCUUAUCAACUUUUGAGUACUGAUAUGCAUUUAUCUGUAAAAAAUGAUUCUAAUGAAAAUUCAAUAAACAGUGAUAUCAUACUCUCUAAAAAUUUAGACAGUCUGUGGCCAAAUGCAUUUCAUCAUAAGACAAUUCUACUAGAUAUUUUGAAUAGUUUGGAUGUGAUUUGUGAAAUGCCAGAGGAGUUGACUGAGAUAAAUGAAGAACCUAAACUGCCAAAGUACAUGAUCCCAUGGCUCGCAGAGCCGAAGAUGGAAUGUAGCUCAAAUUUUGAAGGCCUUAUUUUGAUUCUUGAUUUUUCUGGUCUCCUUCCAGUUGGUUUUUUUACAAAACUUCUUGUUCGUUUGUUUCGGUGGUCCUCACGGCAUGAUUGGAAAGAUAAUUCAAAUUUAUUUUCCCGAAGAGAUGAUGUCCCUGUUGAUUAUAACCAUAGCAUUCGCUUACAAAAAAUACAUGAACAUAGAAUACAAGUUACUAUAACCCAAAGAAAGUAUUUAGAAGCUGAAGAAGGAAUAAAAUUAUCUUUUCCUUCUCCUCACAUAUGUUCAAAGGUGCGGCAUUUACUAGAAAGAGAGAUUGAACAUUUACGUGAUAUCUGGUUCAAGAGAAUGUCAUAUUCCUUAAAUAUCCCAUGUCCAUGUGCAAAACCUUGCAAAAUACAUGAUAUAAAGCAAUGUACGGAUCAACAGUGCAUGCAUCUUCUGCCUCUUAAUGACUGUUUAACCAAAAAGGUUGUGGAAUGUGAACAUCGUCUUGUGAAAACUGAUUUUAUUCAGAAAUAUUUCUUUAGUACUUCAAUUGAAGGAGAUCCAGCAAAAUAUUCUAACAGCAUCAGAUUAUCAAUGGAUGGUUCUUCUACCCCUAUUGCAGGAAAUUUCUAUUGGAAUGAUGCUGAUUUUGCACGUGAAGAAGCACCCUGGAUAAGUGUUGUGGGGAAAAUGUUAACUCGUGCUAAUACUGGACAAGAUUGGAUAGCUUUGGCCAAAAGAUUAGGUUAUAGUGAGAGAGAAAUUAGAAGAUUUGCUGAAGAAACUAUUCCACCUGUUUCAGUACUAAACAAUUGGAUUGAUAGUAAUGGAAGAACCAGAUAUUGCAUUGAUCUUUUGAUCACUUGCUUAGAACAAAUGGGGAGGCAAGAUGUUGCAGACUAUAUUUUUGCUGAAUUAGGACCGGAACUUCCUUCACCUCCAGUGUUCAUUAGUUAUCAGUGGGAAUCCCAAGAUACUGUUUUGCAUUUGAGAAGACGCAUAGAGCUUGCUGGUUUUCCUUGCUGGAUGGAUGUUGGCAAUCUUCAGGGAGGUGAAGCAUUAUAUGGGAAGAUAUAUGAAGGGAUUAAUAAAGCAAAGGUUGUUUUAUGUUGUCUCACACCUCGCUAUGUCCUUUCACCUUUGUGCACAAGAGAAAUGAGCUUAGCCGAUGUUCUUCGUAAACCGAUAGUGCCUAUAAUUCUGGAACCUAUGCCAUGGCCACCACCUGGAGCUUUAGCACUUAUUCUCAGUUCACUUGUUUACAUUGAUUUAUGUGGUAUUGGUGGACAUGGUGGUAAUGGAAAACAAACUGACUGGGAGAGUAGGUUCUCCAAUAUAGUGGAGCGACUUUCACAUUUCAUCUCACCUUCAUUUCUGUCACCUCGCAUGACAAACCCUCCAUCGGAAAAACAUGUUCCUUCAUCAACCCCGGUCAUCAUCAGGAAUCCUGAGGAAUUUCUUGAAACUUUAGGUCAAACUGAGAGUCAGGAUUUGUUGGAAAAUGAUGUACCUUUACCUGAUGAUACUGCAUCUGAAACUGUCUCAAUUCCUGAUCCUAGUCCGGUCGUUUGGGAAAAUAACUCCAGACGAAACAGAGUUGUGAGAUGCUCAGUCUGUACAAUUUUAUGAUGUUGAUUUUGUAGGUUAUACAUAAUUUUUUUAAUGUUUUAAGUAGCAAUUCUUUAGGUUUCUUAAGUUGGUUUCUGAUAUUAUUAUUAUGGAAAAAGUUCAAACCAUUUGCAAUGAAUUAAAGCAUAUAUUUUGUCUGUUGAUGCUGAAAAUAUUGUUUAUUUUCAGAAAUAUUCAGAUGCAAAAACAAAAAAAACAAAAAAAAUGAGUGGUGAAAAUGAAUAAAACAGUUAAUGGGAGAAAAACUGAAAUAAAAGCUUUUGAGAAAAUUGACUUUUUUUAUAUUUUCCAAAUAUCUCGCAAUACUCCUCUUUUUAAUAAUUUAGGAUUGCCUCCCCCUUCUUUUUUUCCCUGCACUUAAUUGGGGGCAAAACAUAUUGCGUAUAAUAAUGUUGUUUAACAAAUAAAGCUUGAAAUCAUAAUGAUGCAUUCACUUGUCAGUGUAAAUUGUACAGCAAUCUAAUUUAUUAAACUGGUUUCUAAAAUUUUACUGGGAUUUAAAAUUUUCAACCAAUUUUUCAGUGCAAAAUCAAUAAAAUUUAAUGGCAAGUACAAAUUUUGAAAAAGAUUAUAUUGUUGUAAAUUUUAAUGGUUUAAUUAAAUUCAUGUAAUUUUUUUA